CGGAUGGUGAGCGCGCACGCAGACGCACAGCAGGAUCAGAGAGACGCCGCCGCCGCUGAUGAAGAUGACGAUGAUGAUGGAGAUGCAGUGUAAUAACAAUAAUAACGGAUAUGGACUGGAAGAGUACAUGAUCCAGGAGGAUGAGUGGGACCGAGACAUGCUGCUCGACCCCGCCUGGGAGAAACAGCAGAGGAAGACGUUCACAGCCUGGUGUAACUCUCACCUGAGGAAGGCAGGAACGCAGAUCGAGAACAUCGAGGAGGAUUUGAGGAACGGGCUGAAGCUGAUGCUGCUGCUGGAGGUCAUCUCAGGUGAGAGGCUUCCCAGACCGGACAGAGGGAAGAUGCGCUUCCACAAGAUCGCCAAUGUGAACAAAGCUCUGGACUACAUCACCAGUAAAGGAGUGAAGCUGGUGUCCAUCGGCGCCGAGGAGAUCGUGGAUGGGAAUGUGAAGAUGACUCUGGGAAUGAUCUGGACCAUCAUCCUGCGCUUCGCCAUCCAGGACAUCUCAGUGGAGGAAACCUCGGCUAAAGAAGGGCUCCUGCUGUGGUGUCAGAGGAAAACCGCUCCGUACAGGAACGUCAACGUGCAGAACUUCCACUGCAGCUGGAAGGACGGGCUGGCGUUCUGUGCUCUCAUUCACAGACACAGACCCGACCUGAUCGACUACGCCAAACUCAAGAAGGACGAUCAUCUCGGGAAUCUCAGUCUGGCUUUAGAAAUCGCAGAGAAACACUUGGACAUCCCCAAAAUGCUGGACCCUGAAGACAUCAUUAACACCCCGAAGCCUGACGAGCGCGCCAUCAUGACCUAUGUGUCCUGCUUCUAUCACGCGUUUGCUGGAGCUGAACAGGCAGAAACGGCGGCUAACAGGAUCUGUAAAGUGCUUGGAGUGAAUCAGGAAAAUGAGAAAUUGAUGGAGGAAUAUGAACGACUGGCCAGUGAGUUGCUGGAGUGGAUCCGUCGCACCACGCCGUGGCUGGAGAAACGUACCCCUGAGAACACAGUGGAGGCCAUGAGACGCAAGCUGGAGGAUUACAGAGACUACCGCCGCAUUCACAAACCACCCAAAGUCCAGGAGAAAUGUCAGCUGGAGAUCAACUUCAACACACUGCAGACCAAACUCCACAUCAGCCACAGACCUGCGUUCAUGCCCUCCGAGGGGAAGAUGGUGUCUGACAUCGCAGCGGCGUGGCAGGGUCUGGAUCAGGCUGAGAAGGGUUAUGAGGAGUGGCUGCUCACUGAGAUCAGACGUCUGGAGCGUGUGGAGCAUCUGGCUGAGAAGUUCCAGCAGAAAUCAGCCACACACGAGAGCUGGGCGCACGGAAAGGAUCAGCUGUUGACUCUGAAGGACUACGAGAGCGCGUCCCUGACGGAGUUAAGAGCACUGCUGCGCAAACAUGAGGCGUUUGAGAGUGAUCUGGCAGCACAUCAGGACAGAGUGGAGCAGAUUGCUGCUAUAGCACAGGAACUCAAUGAACUGGACUAUCACGCCGCUGCUGUCAUUAAUGAACGCUGUCAGUCGAUCUGUGAUCUUUGGGAUCAACUGGGAACUCUGACCCAGAAACGCAGAGAAGCUCUGGAGAGGACGGAGAAGCUCCUGGAGACCAUCGAUCAGCUGUUUCUGGAGUUUGCGAAGAGAUCUGCUCCGUUCAAUAACUGGAUGGAAGGAGCCAUGGAGGAUCUGCAGGACAUGUUCAUGGUUCACUCCGUCGACGAGGUUCAGAGUCUGAUCUCGGCUCAUGAUCAGUUCAAGGCGACGCUGGCCGAGGCAGACAGCGAGCGUCAGGCUAUUCUCAGCAUCUAUAACGAGGUGCAGAAGAUCGCUCAGAGCUACGGGAUCUCCAGCAAACUCAACAACAUCUACUGCGACAUCACACCCGCCAUCAUCAACCAGAAGUGGGAGAAGGUGAAGAAGCUGGUUCCUCAGAGAGACGGCGCUCUGCAUGAAGAAUUGUCCCGACAGCACGUGAACGAGAGAUUCAGACGACAGUUUGCAGCACAAGCCAAUGCCAUCGGACCCUGGAUACAGACACGCAUGGAGGAGAUCGCUCGCAGCUCGGUGGAUCUGAGCGGCACGCUGGAGGAUCAGAUGAACCAGCUGAAGCAGUACGAGCACAACAUCAUCAACUACAAGCCCAACAUCGACCGACUGGAGGGAGACCACCAGCUCAUCCAGGAGUCACUCAUCUUCGACAACAAGCACACCAACUACACCAUGGAGCACAUCCGUGUGGGAUGGGAGUUACUCCUCACCACCGUGGCUCGCACCAUCAACGAGAUCGAGACACAGAUCCUGAUGCGCGACGCUAAAGGAAUCAGCCAGAAGCAGCUCAGCGACUUCAGAUCCUCCUUCACACACUUCGACCGGAAGAAGAAGGGAGGCAUGGAGACGGAUGACUUCCGAGCCUGUCUGAUCUCCAUGGGCUAUGAUCUGGGUGAAGCUGAGUUCGCUCGCAUCAUGUCUCUGGUGGAUCCCGAUGGCUCCGGUUUGGUGACGUUCCAGGCGUUCGUGGACUUCAUGACGCGAGAGACCGGAGACACGGAGACUUCGGAGCAGGUCAUCGCCUCCUUCAGGAUCCUGGCUGCGGAUAAACCCUAUAUUCUGGUGGACGAGCUGCGGCGAGAGCUUCCUCCGGAGCAGGCCGAGUACUGCAUCUCCAGGAUGCCUCCGUAUGAAGGACCUGACGGAGUCCCCGGAGCCCUGGACUACACCGCCUUCUCUACGGUGCUGUACGGCGAGAGCGACCUCUAGCUGACCUCUGCUGACCUGUAGCUGACCUCUAGUCAUGUGUGUGUGACCUCACUGUCUGACAGCGGCCGUGAUGAUCGUUCAUACCCCACAAUAUCUGAUGAACAUGAAAAUGUGUGUUUCAUUUCAAAAUAAAGACUUGUAGCCAUUGC